ACUUCUUGCACACUUUUAUGCGUAUGAAAACUACAGGGCAGACUUUUUCUUCUUCUUCUUCUUCUUCUUCAUCUUCAGAUCGCGCCGCCACUGAAAAAUAUCACCUUCACCAUUCUUUCUUUUUCGUCUAUCCAUAGCUGAAUAAUAAGUAUCAUAACCCUCACCAAUUCUCUUCAUCAAAAUCAAUUUCAUCUGUCCCUUGUGAGAACAAACAAAGCCGCGACAUACCCUUUCUCUCCCUCUCGCGCCGCCGCACAUCCUUACCACGUAUUCGACCUCCUCACUUCAACUCUCUCUUUUUCUGGUGAAAAUCGGCGAAAAUUCCGAUCAAAACAUCUACCAACAACUCAAUUGGAAUUCGUGCCGCCAGCUUCAGGGAGAUUUUCUUGCCACCGCGGUGGUGGUUUGUGACAACGGAGACCACCCUCCUUUUUUUUCACUUUUAUCGAAGUUCGGGAAAAUUCAUCGCCGUCGUUACGGCAAACGUCUUAGUGAACCUCGUGUUCGACGUUCAUUCAGUUUCGAGUUUGGUGAGAUUUUCUCCAUAUUUCAUGACUCUGCGGUCAGACCAAUUAAAUCUUGGGUUCUCGCAGUGUGGAGUGUUGAUCUUUCACCAUCGCUGAAAUCGUUUUUAUUAGUGUUUCACGGAAGCGUCGAACCAGAAGCAUUAACGGAACCUUUGAAAUUGAUAGUGCGUUUAGGGUUUGCAAGAGAAUUUUUCAAAGGAGGAUUGAUAGUUAGGAAGAAGGAGGAUGAAAGUAGGAUCUAGUAAAGGGAGAAAAACGUGCCUGACAGUGACAGGCGUUUUCAUUGCAAUUGUAUUGCUAAUAGUGACUCUGGCGUUGACAGUUUUCAAAGCAAAACAUCCUAUUACGACAGUGGACUCAUUGAAGCUGCAAAACUUCAACUUGAACUUGGAUAUUGCAAAACUGAGAGUUGAUUUGAACGUGAGCCUGGAUGUGGAUGUCUCAGUGAAGAACCCUAAUAAGGUGGGGUUCAAAUACUCAAACAACAUAGCUCACCUCAAUUACAGAGGGCAACUGAUAGGUGAAGUCCCUAUCUCUGCUGGAGAGAUCUCUUCCGGUGAGACCAAGGGAUUCAACCUCACACUCACCAUUAUGGCCGACCGUUUGUUCUCCAAUUCCCAGCUUUACUCUGAUAUCACAUCGGGUACAUUGCCCCUAAACACUUUCUUGACAAUUUCUGGCAAAGUCAACAUCUUAGGCUUUAUCAAAGUCCACGUCGUUUCAUCCACAUCUUGUGAUUUUGCGGUCAAUACUUCCAAUAAAACAAUUGGCAACCAACAGUGUCAAUAUAAAUCAAAACUUUGAUUAUUCAUUUACAGUUUAGAGGUGUGCCUACGCUCUAGAUUAGUAGAAUAUAUAACUAUUUUUAUUUAUUUAUUUAAUCUGUUCAUAUUUAAUUUGUUCCAUUUUUAAUUGCAA